GAAAGGAGAAGGAGAGCAAAUAGGCCAGGCCCAAAACCCUGCCAAACCCAGUACCUCAGUCCUCGGUUCCCCACCAUGGCGUCCCUCCUCCUACACCGCCGCCACGGUGCGCACCCACGCGCCGCCGCCGCGGCCUGCGCUCGCCUCCUCCGCGCCUUCUCCGCGCUCCCCGACAUCGAUCCCUCGGCGUCCUCCACCGCAAGCCCUAGCCCGGCCGCGCCCACCUCCACCUCCGCCCGCGCCUCCGUGCUCGACCUCCAGCUCGCCGUCCGCGCCGAGUCUGACCCAGCCCGCAUCCACUCCCUCGUCGCCUCCGCGCUCUCCAGCCAUGACAUGCCGCGCCUCCACACCUCGCGCCAGCUCUUUUCCCUGGCCACUUCCCGCUUGAUCCGCCUCCGGCGCGCCGACCUCGCCGCCUCGCUCCUCGACCUCCUCCUUGCCUCCACCCCGCCCUCCCCGGGUCUCCUAGCGCGGGCACUCUCCCUCUACCCGGGACCCGACGACGCGCUCCGGGCCUUCUCCUCGUCUCCCCCCGCCGCCCGCUCCGACGUCUCCCUCUCGGCGCUCCUUUCGGCGUUCCUCCGCGCCGGCCGCCUCGAUGACAUCAAGUCCACCAUUACCCUGGCGGAAUCCUCCCACGGGGUCGCGCCCGGCCGCGCCUCCCACAAUGUGCUGCUCCAUGCAUUGGUCAAGAAUUCUGAGCUUGCUGCUGCCCGGAAGCUGCUCGACGAAAUGGCCAACAAGAAGUUGAAGCACCGCCCUGCCCCAGACAUCAUAUCCUACAACACUGUCCUCGCUGGUUACUCCGUGCAGGAUGAUGAGGAUGAGUUUGGGAAGCUUUUGAAGGAGAUCAGCUUGAGCAACCUGGAGCCAAAUGUUGUCACUUACAACUGCCGGAUACAGUGGUUCUCCAAGAAAGGCGAGACAGUCAAGGGGGAGGAGCUGCUUGAUGUGAUGGAAUCAAAGGAGAUAGCGCCAAAUUACGUUACCUACAAUGCUCUCGUGCAGGGGUACUGCAAGGAGGGAAAUGUUGGGGCAGCUAUGCGUGUGUUCAAGAGGAUGAAAGUGAUGAAGAGGCGGGAGGGAAGGAGUGACUUGGGUGUUUCUGCACAUUCACAGGUAUAUGUGGUGCUGUUUAGGAGUUUGGUGGAGAAAGAGAAGCUUAAUGACGCGCUGUGGAUUUGUAAGAGCUGCUUUGCAAUGAAGGCAGCACCACCGUUUGAGGCUGUUAAAGGUUUGGUUGAGGGUUUGGUGAAGGCAGGCAGGUCAACAGAGGCCAAGGAUGUUGUUGCCAAGAUGGAGUUUCUUGUGAAAGGCGAUGCCAAACUUGCUUGGGGGAAGGUUGUUGGUGAGCUUUCUUUUGAAGAGGGAUCACCGAAUUUGAAUCCAUGAUUUGCUAGAGGCAUCUGUGUUACUUCUCAUUAAUUCAUGCAUUUUGGAGUUUGAAUGAUGAUGGUGAAGAAGAUAAGCGUUCAACGUGGGAUCCAAUGUUGCCUUCUUGUUGUCACUGGACUGCAUUUUGCAAGGUUUGCGGUUAGAUCAGGAUGUAAUGGAUGCUCCGUUUACUUCAAAACUUGCUUAAUUUUAUGUCUUGUAAUAAUAUUCGAAAUGAUGUUAAAGUUUAACAUUUGUUGAAGUGUUUAGGGCAUCAUGAUAGAUGAUACAUCUACUAUCUAUCAUUGUAACAUGCUUGUUGUAAUGUGUAUUUCAUGCCUCAUC